CGGCGGGGAGAGAGCCUUUCGGCAGCCCGUGGCAGCAGCCAGGCACCCAUGGCCCGGCGCUGAUCCCCUUCCCUGCCCCGGGGGGGGUGGCCGCUCACCCGAGGAACUGAGAGGAGCUCCAGGAGGAUGGUGUGCCUGGCGUUGAGGACGUGGCUGGGGCUCGGGCUCUUGGCGCUGCUCUGCCUUGGUUUGGGCCAAGCACUGGAGAAGAGAGUAGUCAGAAGCAAACUGGGGGAAAAGGUCAGCCUGCCUUGCUGCCGUGAAAUCCCGCGCUCAGAAAGCCUGCAGAAUUACCGGGCCUACUGGCAGAAGAAGUUUCCAGAAGUGACGGUGGUGGUGCUGGCCUACUCUGAUGGGAAGAUGAUCGAGGUUGACGAGCAGUACAGGAACCGCACAGAGAUGGACCCCUGGGACCUCAUCCUGUGGAUCUCCCCCAUGGAAAUCCUGGACAAUGGCACUUACCAGUGUGUGGUUCAGCACAACUCCGUUGUUGUGUGUGACGAGAGCCUCACCCUCUUUGUUACAGCCGACUUCAGCCAGCCCAGCGUAACAGCAGAGGUGACCGCUAGCUCCUGCGAAUCAGCCGAGAUGGUGGUAGUGUGCUCUUCUCACGGAGGUUUCCCCAAACCCAGAAUCUCUGGAGCCCUCAACAACGUGUCUGUGGAGUGGAAUGCCAGCUGGGUGUCCGAGUCCAGCCUCAGCCCAUACAACGUCACCGGCACGCUGGUGCUCAACGUGACCAGCGACGCCAACGUCACUUGCUCCGUUGAAUACGACGGCUUGGCCAAGUCCACCAGUUUCCUUCUGGAAAAAACAAAUGACUGUGUUGUUCCUCCUGUGCCUCCACCUUAUAAUGUCAUUACUGCUUCAAGCAUUGUUGUUAUCACCUUCAUUUUGGCAAUCAUCCUGGCAGCAAGAUACCUCCCAAGGCGUGUUUGUCCUCACUGUUGUAAGCCCCAGGAUCGGGUGGAAGAGGGUAUGAAGGAAGGUACGAAGCCACCUGUGAGCCUCAAAGUGACAUCUGAAACAUCAUCUGUAUGACCAGAUUGCAUUUGCAGGUUUCUUACCCCGUGCAUUCCGCACUGCAGACUCCGCCGUUCGUUGUACAGCAAUGCUUGUGGCAUUGACCCUUUGGCUCUCUGCAAGGGGAUGGC